AUGUGGGAUGAGAAAAAUCUUAAAAUGAUGUCAGUAAUUCAACGUUUAUCAGCUGCAACACUGAUUGUUGCAUUACUUUUGAUCACAUUAAAUGAAUCUUCUGCUAAUCCCGGACAAGAACAACAUGAUAUAACCAGCGUUGCUGAUGCGAUUCGUUACUUGCAAGACUUGGAAAACAGACAUCAAUUCGCAAGACCAAGGAAAGACCUCGAGCAUUCAAUCACAAAUGCACCUUCUCAGAUCGAUUUCUUAUCAGUUGCUACAAUGUUUAAAGUAAGAGGAUUUACUUCUCAACAAGAAUUUUCAAGGAUAACGUCUCGUUCGAUUGAUCAUAAUAGCGGUUAUAUGGCUCAAACAUUAAACGCGAAUUUAAUUACACUUCUUGAAGAAUUAGACAAUAAGCACUCGCGGGCUCCCAGAUUUGGAAAACGCGGCAACGAUUAUUUGACAAAAGAGUACACUAACAAUUAUCUCCGCUAUUUGCUGGAAAAUCCGAAGGAGGUAAUGCAGAAUUCGGAAAGGUGAACAAUCUACUAAAUAAAAUGAGAUCCUCUCAUGAUCGUCAUUGGCUGGCUGGCUGGGAGAUAAUAAAUCUAUUCCAAUGGAUAUGUUAUUUUAUUUAAAUACAUUUAAAUCCCAUUAAUUGUUCGUUUGAAGUCUUAAAAUACAGAUAACCUCUUAAAACUCAAUU